UUCAGAUUUAAAACUUAACUUUAUAAUAAAAGCAAAAAUGUGUCACGAAAACACAGGUGUAACUAUUGUUAUUAUCUUCGGUCUCUAUGUAUACGUAGAGCUAUGUUAUCCCAAGAAUAAUGCUACAGGACGACCUCUACUGUUCUCUCCAUUCGUACAGACAAUUUACAUUCUUUAUAUCUUCUUGUUCAGAUUUUUCAUCAGAAAUAUUGCGAAUUUCUUUUGUGUUCUUUAUGCUGUGGCGGUCAAUUAUCUGUGCUUCUCUACUAUCUUCAAUGUAAUCACCUGGAAGAGGUACUUUAAGAAUGAGUUUAAGGAUAUUUUGGGUAUGUUUAUAUUAAAGAUUUGUACUUCAUUUAAUGAAACUUUUGAAGAGAAUCGAAGCAUUUUGAUGAUUUAUUAUUGGAUGAUACAAUCAGUCGGUGUUUGUAUUCUAAUGUUUUUGGUCUUAGAAUUCUUUCGAAAUUUGAGAAGAGGUGAUAUUGGAUUUGCAACCCUUCAAAAUGAGUAUGGCCCAAAAUGCCAUUUUGAUAAAAUUCCUUCAAUAGUUUACCAAAAUUACAUCUCUCUGAAGCUAGACGAAUGAGCUAUCUGUCUUACAAAAUAUAAACAAGAUGAUACAAUAAAAAUUUUACCAGGAUGCUUCCACAAAUUUCACGGUGAAUGCAUCAAGGAAUGGUUCCAGAACAGCCAAAGCUGACCAUUCUGAAGAAAAGACUUAACCUACCUCUCCAGUCAUCAAUGCGAGAGUAUAAAUGAGGAUGAGAUCUUAGAAGCUAUCCAGGGCCCCAAACCUACUCAAAAUCCCCCAACCCUGCGUCCAAAACCCCUUCAUCCCUUCUAAUCCCCCUCUUCCUUGAAUAUUCAACAAA